UGAUUUGAUGAGCCAAUUUCCUGCACCAGCCACAUUCACCUCCGGUGCCAAUUCCUGUACUGACUCAGCAACUCGACAGGGAAAAAAUCCAGCAUGUUCACCAUGUUUGACAGGGGAACUGAAAGUUGCAGCUUGUUUGGCACAAAUUGGACGUGCAGGAGCCAUGCCUAUGCGGCCAACGCUUGCCGCCGACGGCCUGGAGACUGGCGCACGGCAUACACAGUUCUGGCGAGCAGCCGUUGAAAAGGAGGUAGCACAAAGGGCUGCGCACAAGCCAUGGUUGAUCGCAAGCGUAGUCGACGAGUUUCAGAAUGAUGCCGGCCAGCCGCGUUUCGGCAAGGAGGCUGACCAUGGCCUGGUGUAUUGCACAUUGCAUGAUUUGCAUCGGCAGAAAUCUGGCAUGGCACGAAGCAGCUCAGAGGUGAAGCUGCCGCCAGUGCGGAAGCAAACACCCAUCCCGGUGGGAGGCCUUUGGAGGUGGCCUGGUGGACCACCUUUGCCCGCAGAUGUGCAGUCAGCGAUCACUGCCACAACAGUGAGUAUACCUCCGUCCGUGCUUUCUGCACUCUCACAAACCUCACAAACCUCACGAGCUUCUCGAAGCGCAUUGGCUCCAUUUUUGCAGGCUCAGCAAUGGGGGCCGGCUAGCCAGGUUCAAGCAAGUACUCCAUGAGAAAUGGCUUCACCCAAGGUGAGAACCAAUUUGGAGUGGAAAAUGAGGCGCGCAGAGUGGCGUUGCCAUAUAGGUUGCGGAGCUGAACUUAGCAGUUGCUGAGCUUCACCAGACGCUGUCACUCCCGCCCAAGCCUGCGGCAGCCUGCGGCAGCUUGCGGGCUAAGAACCUUUCCGUGAGAAAACACA